AUGGCCAUUAUUCACGUUUCAGGAAAAGGAUGUCGUUUGUGGAUACUAUUCUCCGUGUUUCUAUUGUGGAGUACAACGUCCGGACAGAUUGUCUUUUCCGUCUCGGAAGAAGCGAGUCCGGGCACUACUGUUGGAAAUGUGGCAAAGGAAUUUAAUCUGGAUGUAAAGGACCUUGAGCAACGAGGAUUUCAAAUUGUGUCUGGACCUAAUCAGAGGUAUUUCGAUGUAAACACAAAGACUGGUAUCCUUCUUGUCAAGGAAAGAAUAGACAGGGACGAGAUAUGUGGGCAGACUAGUAAGUGUUCUUUGUCAUUAGAGGCUAUGGUAAAUUCCCCGCGAAAUGUCUACAGAUUUGAGGUGAAUAUAUUAGAUGUAAAUGACAAUUCACCCAUGUUCCGCUCCGCUGUGAGAGAAGUGAAUGUUUCCGAGCUAGCUUUACCGGGAGAGAGAUUCACUCUUCCCAGUGCAUUUGAUGCGGAUGUGGGCAGUAACUCGGUGAAGAGCUACAAGCUAAGCCCUAGUGACUAUUUUACCCUGGAAAGCGAAGGGGGGCAGGGAGUGUCUGCUGAAUUAGUUCUUCAAAAAGCGAUAGACAGAGAGAAACAGUCGGUGAUACAUCUUACUCUUACUGCUGUCGAUGGGGGUAAACCUCCUCGGACGGGGACACUGCAAAUAACUGUAAAUGUUGAAGACAUUAACGAUAACAUUCCAGUGUUCUCUAAGUCCCUUUAUAAGGCCCAAGUGUCUGAAAAUGCACCGUUUGGCACGUCUGUUGUUACAGUUCAUGCCAGCGAUGCUGACGAGGGUCAAAAUGCUGAAGUAGUUUACUCAUUUAUCAAUCAUGAUAACGACAUCAAAAUAGACAAUUUCGCCAUUGACUCUGAAACCGGUCUCAUCACUGUAAACGGUGAUUUGGAUUAUGAAGCAAACAAUGCUGUAGAAAUUCGAGUUCAGGCGAAAGACAAGGGGCACAGACCGAGGCAAGCGCACUGCAAAGUGCUUGUGGAAAUCAUAGACAUUAACGAUAAUGUGCCCGAAAUAUCCGUUACCUCUUUGGUGAACACGGUGAAGGAGGAUGCUCCUGUCGACACUGUUGUGGGCACUAUCACAGCAUCAGACGGAGAUGCCGGUAAAAACGGAGAGGCGAAGCUUAAAAUCCUCGGGUCUGUUCCCUUCAAAAUACAAAACUCGUAUAAGAAUUAUUAUGCGCUGCUUGUUAACGGCCCCUUGGAUAGAGAGGACGUGUCGCAUUAUAACAUUACUAUCACUGCUACUGAUGAGGGAGCUCCCCCUCUCUCCAGCAGUAGUGUUAUCACGGUGCACAUUUCAGAUGUAAAUGACAACGCACCACGGUUUCCGGAGCCCGUAAUUAAAGUGUACGUGAAAGAGAAUGGUCAGACAGGCGCGGUGGUAUACACAGUGUCUGCUUUUGAUCCAGAUGUGGAAGAUAAUGCAAAAUUAUCCUACUCGUUGAUAGAGGAAUCGACAAAAGGUCCCCCGGUGUCAUCGAUGGUGAACAUAAACGCAGAUAGCGGAGAUAUAUAUGCGCUACAGUCUUUUAAUUUUGAGGAUAUUAAAAUGUUUCAAUUCAGAAUUAAGGUGACAGACUCGGGAGUGCCCCCUCUUUGCAGCAACGCUACCGUUCAUGUCUUUGUUCUGGAUGAGAAUGAUAACAGCCCCUCGAUUCUGCCCCCUUAUUCUGAACACGGCUCUGUGAACUCUGAAAACAUCCCAUACAAUGCCGAGGCUGCAUACUUUGUGGCCAAAAUCCGAGCCAUAGACGCAGACUCUGGAUAUAACGCGCUGCUUUCUUACCACAUCUCUGAGCCCAAAGGAAAUAAUCUCUUCCGAAUCGGAACCAGCAGUGGUGAGAUCAGGACUAAGAGGAGGAUGAGUGACAAUGACUUGAAAACUCACCCUCUGGUCAUUGUGGUGUCUGAUCAUGGUGAGCCCUCUCUGUCUGCUACUGUUUCUAUUGAUGUUGUGGUCGCUGAGACCACGGGAGAAACUCGCACUACUUUUAGACAUCUCCCCAUCAACGAUGACAAGUUUUCUGAUUUAAAUUUGUAUUUACUCAUCGCCAUUAUUGGCGUGUCAGUCAUCUUUCUACUGAGUCUAAUCAGCUUGAUAGCUGUGAAAUGUCAUAAAUCAGAGAGCAGUCUCAGUGGCUACAACCCCCCAAUGAUCACCACACAUCCUGAUGGAACCUGGUCUUACUCCAAAUCUACACAGCAGUAUGACGUCUGCUUUAGCUCAGACACACUGAAGAGUGACAUGGUAGUUUUCCCAGCACCGUUUCCGCCUGCUGACGCAGAACUGAUAAGCAUCAACGGAGGGGAUACCUUCACUAGGACACAAACCCUGCCCAAUUGCGAGAAGGUAAGCGAAGUAAGGAUUAGCCACAUGCCAUGUUUUGUAUGGAUGGAUAGUUGUAAACACGAGUGUGUUGGCAAAUGGCUGAAUGUUGAAAGUGACGUUCGCCUACACAUGGCAACUGUCCAUGGUGCUGAAAUUGUCUGUCUUCUGCUGGUCAUGGUUGUGCUGCUGAUGUCUCGUUUUGAAUAA